AUAUUAUUACAAAGUGAGUUAUAGAUUUUUCCUUUCUCUUUCUUGGAUUUUCGUUUGCUUUCCCUCAGCAGGAUUUCCGUUUUCAAUACCCAAAACAUCCAUGGCGAAGGAAUGUAAAGUGAAACUGAACAGCUCAGAUGAUGAAAUGUUCGAGGUUGAUGAGGCCGUGGCAUUUGAAUCUGAAACAAUCAAGAAUAUGAUUGAGGAUACAGGCGUGGAGAGCGUCGUGCCCUUGCCGAAUGUGAACAGUAAGAUCCUGGCGAAAGUUAUCGAAUAUUGUAAGUAUCAUGUGGAUGCUGCCAAAACCAGCGAAGAAACGACCGCCCUUUCGGAGUUGGAUGUAAAGAAGUGGGAUAAAGAGUUCGUGAAGGUGGAUCAAGCUACCCUUUUUGAUAUUAUACUGGCUGCCAACUAUCUGAAUAUAAAGAAACUUCUGGACUUAACGUGCCAAACUGUAGCUGACAUGAUCAAGGGCAAAACACCAGAAGAGAUCCGAAAGAUAUUUAACAUAAAAAAUGACUACACUCCUGAAGAGGAGGAAGAAGUCAGGCGUGAAAAUCAAUGGGCCUUUGACUAAAUCUGGAAGUUACUUUAUAUAUAGUUUUGUGGCAUGGGACUUGGGUUUCUUACCAUGCAUCUUUUAAGAACUUCGAGAUUUGAUUAGUGGAUUUUGCAUGGUCUCCUGGAUUUUAGUUGUAUUAAAUGUAGCAGUUCUGGGUGAGAAGUUGACAUUAUUUUGAGCAAAGAUAAUAUGGGGUGUUUUAUUUUGAUUAUGCUGUAAAGAUACAACUCAAAUGUUUCUGUUUUCAAAAUUUGAUACAAUUUGUAAUAA